AUGUUCUCCACCAGUCACCUCAGGGAAGAUGGAGCCGACAACACAGAGCUAUCUCCAACCAAACCGGCCAAGAGGAAGGAGCCGGGUCAGAAGAGAGCCCAGACCCAGAGCCCCAAGGUGAGGCGAAACAGCAAGAGGAAGCUGCAGAGGUUUCCGGAAGGUCAAGGGGAGAUUUCCCCACGUCGCCCCCAGCCCAGCCCCUCGGAGAUGGGGCAGGACGCGUUCAUCUGUGGCCUCAACAAAGACCUCUCCGCUGGGAAGAUUACAGGCAUGCGCCCCCUACCCAACGGACACAGCCACACCGGGACUCGCACGGUCUCACGCACACCUGCCCUGGGUGGGCUGGAGGUGGAUCUGGAGGGCUACGUCGACGCCGCCUGUACCCUCCGAACCAAUGGCCCCAGUGCAGAUCUCAGUGACCUCACUCCCUCUGGGGAAAGCUCUGAUUGCCAAGACGGGAUAGGGGUGGUGGACCUUCUAGACAUCCCACACGGGCCCAGCGAGGAGGAGGACGAAGAGGAGGAGGAGGAGGCGGCGGAAGAAGGAUCCGGAAACAUAGUCGAACACAUCCUUAAAGAACUCCGGGGGAUCAACAAGAUCCAGGAGGAGAUUUCGGACCUGCGUCUCUACCUGUCCUCGGUGCGCGGCUCCGUGGACGAGGUGUCCUGCUGCGUAGACGCCGUGCUCAGCGAGAUCGGGGAUCUCUACUCGGGCGCCUCGGCCGCGCCCCAGCUCCAGCCUCCUCAAAGACCCAGGACCAGGCGCGGGAGCCUGGGCAGACAGAACGCCCUGGUGGCCCUCGACAGGAGAGCCACCAGCCCGCCGUUGGCUCACCUGGACUGGGACAGAGACCCGGUCCACGAGCCUCCACGAGCGUCCCCCAAGCAGUGGAAGGAGAGGCCUUCCUCACGCCACCCGGAACCGACCGACCUGGAGCACUCGGACCAGAGCUCGGGCGUGCCUCGCUCCGGCGCCGGAGACCCGGCCAGUCUCUCCAUCUACAGCCAGGAGUGCCCCAGCACCAGCACCCUGUCCUCCUGCCAGAGUUCCAGCUGCCUUGAGAGGGACGCCUGGUACGGCUCGGGCUCUGCCGGGACCUGGCGGGGAAGCUGGGCCUCCGCCGGCAUGCAGCACAGCGUGAGCGGGGAGACGGGCUGGAGCGAGGAGGACUUCCGCUCCCGUCUCGACAGCGGGGAGGAGGUGGGGUCGUGCGGGGAGCCGGGGGGCUGGGACCGCUACGCCAGGGAGGAGACCAGCAGCACACCUGGCCCGUCGUCGGCCAACAGCGGCAGCUCUGAGCACCUGUCCCUGCUGUUUGGGCAGCACCAGCGCCAAUCCAACUCCCCCUCCAGCUCGUCCAGCCUGCAGGAUUGGAGGCCGGCCAGGCUGCAUGGAGGGAUCGGGCAACAGGAGUGCGACUGCUCCGCCAACUGCCCUUACUCGCGUAGCUCCGGUUACCACACCGUGGACGCCUACGCCGACGAGCUGGGCAGCGGACCGCAGUCCCGGAGCCUGAGUCGCUCCACCGUGCUGCUCACCGACUGCGACGACGGCUACCUGGACCCGCCGGCGCCCUACCUGGACCGCUGCCCGUCCCCCGCCGACACCCUGGACGCGGGCUCAGCCGAGAGCCUGGAGGGGGCGUGGCUGGAGCCGGGUGGGGCUGGAGACGAAGAGGCGGGUUGGGGGUCGUCGGAGGCGGCCAGCCCUCGCCCCGAGGAACCCCGCCCGGCGGAGACGACGGCGGGCUUCGACGUGAAAAGCAUCGGCAAGGCCGUUCUCACCUUCAAGUCGGCGCUCAAGGGCGCUCUGAGGAAGCUGGAGGGCUCCGGCCCGGAGUGUCCCAGGGACGACGGGCAAUCGGAGGCGGCGGCGGCGGCGUCACCAGCCAGAUGCUCGUCCGAAACGAGCGCGCCACAGCACUCGGAGACACGCCUGCCGUCCUCUCAGCCCCGUCCCGCCUCGCCGCUGGAAGAACCCAGCGAGGCCUCCGUCUAUGUGGACUGCAGGCAAGCCCAGGAGGAACCCACCGGCUCCCCGCACGCCUCCCCUGUCAGCCAGUCCCUCUGCACCCCUACCGAGUACCAUUCCCUGGAGCUCUCUGACAGCCGAGGGCAGGGCCAGACGGAUGGGGAGCUGUCCAACCCAGACCUGACGCCGGACUAUAGCCCAAGCAGACAGGUGCCAAGGCCUGGGCCGGGAGGACUGUCCGACCACACGUUAGAAGGACGGUCGCCUGGGCACAGCCCGGUACAGCCCAUGUCCAGUCCAGGGCCAGUGGGGUUAAGUUCAAUAGGAGAAGCGCGUGAGUCAGAUCAAACGGAGGUCAGUCCGUUGGAUCCGAGCCACAAGGAACGACUAGCUAAUUUCAAGCGUAUUCUGAAGGAGAAGAGACAAACCAGGCGCAGGCUGUCCAAAACUCAGGGUUCCACUUUCUCUGAAGACGAGUUCAACCCAGAAAGCAGCAGAGAAGAGGAUCAGGUUCGUGAUGAAGGACCUAACGGCAGACAAGCCUGGGUCAAACCAGGAGGAGGAAGUGGGAUGUUUGGGAUCGACAGCAUGCCGGACCUCCGCAAGCGGAAGCCCAUCCCAUUGGUCAGCGAAGUGGCUAUGUCUCUGGUCCAGGCCAGGAAGGCUGGCAUCACUUCCGCCAUGGCCGCUCGCUCCUCCAUCAAGGACGAAGAACUGAAGAACCAUGUCUACAAGAAGACCCUGCAGGCUCUCAUCUACCCCAUCUCCUGCACCACGCCCCACAACUUCGAGGUGUGGACGGCCACCACGCCCACCUACUGCUACGAGUGCGAGGGGCUGCUGUGGGGCAUCGCCCGCCAGGGCAUGCGCUGCUCCGAGUGCGGGGUCAAAUGUCAUGAGAAGUGCCAGGAGCUGCUCAACGCCGACUGCCUGCAGCGUGCCGCGGAGAAGAGCUCAAAGCACGGGGCGGAGGAUCGCACCCAGAACAUCAUCAUGGCUAUGAAGGACCGGAUGAAGAUCAGGGAGAGGAACAAGCCAGAGAUCUUCGACGUCAUCCGAGACGUGUUUGUCAUCAGCAAGGCCAUCCACGCCCAGCAGAUGAAGACCAUCAAGCAAAGUGUACUGGAUGGGACCUCCAAGUGGUCUGCUAAGAUUACCAUAACAGUGUUGUGUGCCCAGGGGCUCCAGGCCAAGGACAAGACAGGUUCCAGCGACCCCUACGUCACCGUCCAGGUGGGCAAGACCAAGAAGAGGACCAAGACCAUCUACGGAAAUCUCAACCCCGUCUGGGAGGAGAAGUUCCACUUUGAGUGUCACAACUCUUCAGACCGCAUCAAGGUGCGCGUGUGGGAUGAGGACGACGACAUCAAGUCCCGCGUCAAGCAGCGUCUGAAGAGGGAGUCAGACGACUUCCUGGGUCAGAGCAUCAUCGAGGUGCGCACCCUCAGUGGAGAGAUGGACGUCUGGUACAACCUGGAGAAAAGGACGGACAAGUCUGCUGUUUCCGGAGCCAUCCGUCUGCAGAUCAGUGUAGAGAUCAAGGGAGAAGAGAAGGUGGCCCCCUACCACGUCCAGUACACCUGCCUGCAUGAGAAUCUGUUCCACCACUCGACGGACGUGCUGGGCAUGGUGAGGAUCCCAGAGGCCAAGGGGGACGAGUCCUGGAAGGUCUACUUCGACGAGGUGGCCCAGGAGAUCGUGGACGAGUUUGCCAUGCGCUACGGCAUCGAGUCCAUCUACCAGGCCAUGACGCAUUUCGCCUGCUUGUCGUCUAAGUACAUGUGUCCUGGCGUCCCCGCUGUGAUGAGCACCCUGCUGGCUAACAUCAACGCCUUCUACGCCCACACCACCGCCUCCACCAACGUCUCCGCCUCCGAUCGCUUCGCCGCCACCAACUUCGGGAAAGAGCGCUUCGUCAAGCUUCUGGAUCAACUGCACAACUCGCUGCGCAUCGACCUGUCUACGUACAGGAACAACUUCCCUGCCAGCAAUAAGGAACGCCUCCAGGACCUCAAGUCUACUGUGGACCUCCUGACCAGCAUCACUUUCUUUAGGAUGAAGGUCCAGGAAUUGCAGUCCCCUCCUCGGGCCAGUCAGGUGGUGAGAGACUGUGUCAAGGCCUGUCUCAACUCCACCUACGACUACAUCUUCAACAACUGCCAGGAGCUGUACAGCCGCCAGUACCAGCCCCUGGACUCUAACAAGGAGGAAGUUCCUCUGGAGGAGCAGGGCCCGAGCAUCAAGAACCUGGACUUCUGGCCCAAACUCAUCACCCUCAUCGUCUCCAUCAUAGACGAGGACAGGAACUCUUACACACCUGUCCUCAACCAGUUUCCCCAGGAGCUGAACGUGGGGAAGGUGUGUGCUGAGGUGAUGUGGACGCUGUUCGCCCAGGACAUGAAGUACGCCAUGGAGGAGCAUGAGAAGCAGCGGCUGUGUAAGAGUGCAGACUACAUGAACCUGCACUUCAAGGUCAAGUGGCUCUACAACGAGUACGUGAAAGACCUGCCCAGUUUCAAAGGAGUCAUCCCAGACUACCCAUCGUGGUUCCUGCAGUUUGUGCUGCAGUGGCUGGACGAGAACGAGGACGUGUCCAUGGAGUUCAUGCAUGGAGCCCUGGAGAGAGACAAGAAGGACGGAUUCCAGCAGACGUCUGAGCACGCUCUGUUCUCCUGCUCCGUGGUGGACGUGUUCACACAGCUCAACCAGAGCUUCGAGAUCAUCAAGAAGCUGGACUGCCCCGACCCCAAAGUCAUGGCCCAUUACAGCCGCCGCUUCGCCAAGACUAUUGCCAAAGUUCUUCUGCAGUACAGUGCCAUUCUCACCAAGAGCUUCCCUGCCUACUGUGACAAAGAGAAGAUACCCUGCGUUUUGAUGAACAACGUUCAGCAGUUGAGGAUCCAGCUGGAGAAGAUGUUUGAGUCCAUGGGUGCCAAACAGCUGGACUCCGAGGCUAGCGACCUCCUGAACGAGCUGCAGGUCAAACUGAACACUGUGCUGGAGGAGCUGAGCAGCACGUUUGGAAACAGUUUCCAGAGUCGUAUCGAUGACUGCAUGAGGCAGAUGGCCGCCCUGCUGUACCAGAUCAAAGGCCCCGUCAACGCCAGCGGCCACAACGCGGUGGAGGCCGACGCCGACAACAUGCUGCGGCCUCUCAUGGAGUUCCUGGACGGGAAGCUGAUGCUGUUUGCCACGGCGUGCGAGAAGACGGUCCUGAAGAGGGUGCUGAAGGAGCUGUGGAGGAUCGUGAUGACCAGCCUGGAGAAGACCAUCGUCCUGCCCAAGGGCAACGACACCUUUGGUGCUCAGUUCCUGUCUGCUGCCAAGGAGCUGGGCCAGCUCUCCAAACUCAAGGAUCACAUGGCAGGAGAGGCCAAAAGCCUGACCCCCAAGCAGUGUGCUGUAAUGGACGUGGCUCUGGACACCAUCAAGCAAUACUUCCACGCCGGAGGAAAUGGCCUGAAGAAGACCUUCCUGGAGAAGAGUCCUGCCCUGUCCUCCCUGCGGCACGCCCUGUCCCUCUACACCCAGACCACCGACACGCUCAUCAAGACCUUCGUCACCACGCAGCACGCUCAGGGCUCAGGAAUCGACAAGCCCAUAGGAGAGGUGUCCAUACAGAUCGACCUGGUCACCCACCCUGGCAGCGGAGAAAAGAAGGUCACGGUCAAAGUUGUGGAGGCCAACGACCUGAAGUGGCAGACGUCUGGAAUGUUCCGGCCCUUCUGUGAGGUCACAAUGAUCGGACCGCACCUCAACGACAAGAAACGCAAGUUCACCACCAAGUCCAAGAGCAACAGCUGGGCGCCCAAGUUCAACGAGACGUUCCACUUUAUCCUCGGCAACCAGGAGGGCUUUGACUGCUACGAGCUCCAGGUGUGCGUGAAGGACUACUGUUUCGGCCGCGCCGACCGCGUGGUGGGCGCGGCCGUGAUGCAGCUCCGCGGCGUCGCCGACAAGGGCGGCUCGGCCUGCUGGCUCCCGCUGGGCCCCCGCAUCGCCAUGGACGACACCGGCCUCACUGCCAUGAGGAUCCUCUCCCAGCGCUCCAACGACGAGGUCGCCAAGGAGUUCGUACGCCUCAAGUCGGAGGCGCGCUCGGCCGAGGAGGGGAGAUGAGGCCCCGGGUGGAGGAGGAGGAGGAGGAGGAGGAGGAGGAUGGUGGUGCAUGAUGGGUACGGUCUGAAGACUAGAGGAGAGGUCGGCAGAGGUCAGAGGUCGCCGCAUGACGGAUUUGUUGUCCUUGCUCGGCCACUCUGGGCUGGCGGAGCGACGCUCGGGACCGUGGAUGUUUCUAGACUGUCGAGUCACGUGUCUCACCAGCACGCACACACACACGCAGAAGCCUGGGUGGUCUGUCACAACAGGGUUUCUACUCACACACUCUCAUCCUUCUCACCCUCGCUCGUAGGCUAGCGAUUUUCUACAUACCCGAUCACUCACUCACAAUCACUUUCUCACCGAGUCACCUAAUCAACCACUCACUCACCCAAUCACAAUCACCUACUCCCUCGGUGGUCAGUGACACUGUUCCUGCCCCCCCCCUCCCUGGUGCUGAGGACAUGCCCUCGAGGAUACACAGGGGUGAUCCAGGGCCCCCCCCCUCACCUCCCCCACACCUCCCCCAGUGUUGAUGUGCAAUAUCCAGACUCUGGCCAUGAUGAAUGCCUUACACUCUGGAAGCUAUGAACGUGUGGAAGUUUAGACACGAACCGACCCUAACGGUAGGUAGCUUAUUUCAGUCGUUACUUGAGUUGUGGUGGGUGUGUGGAGCACAGUGGUUUGGCAGCUGUAGGUCAGACUGCCUCCUGGGUAAUAGUGAGUAGGUCUCCGUAGAUGUGCUAGUCCCAUAUCUGGCUCAGUUUCAUUUGAGUUCCAUUACCUGCCCGGUGUCCAGUUCCCCAGUGUUCGUAAAGAUGUUGGGUCCGGACGUGAGUCGGGCGGUGAGUCUCCUGAGGUGUUUCCACCGUCUGCUGAAAGUGUUGCUUUUACAUCUGAAGUGAAUCUGACGCGAAUCUCGCGUACUAUCUGAAGUCGAGGUACUGACACGCUUACAGUAGAUGAUGUUGUCGGUUCAAUUAAAGUGUGCCUUUUUUAAGGUUCGGGCUUUGUUCGUAAACCCCUCAUAACAUCAAGAGUUCGGAUGACUUUUAGAACAAUUCGAUUACUAAUUGUAUACAUGGUCAUUCCCAUCCUCACCCCCAAAGGGCUAUCUUCUACCAUGAGGAAGAGAGAGUCUUGCAGCAUGGAUAGAUAUGCUGUAGGGAGGCACUUUGUAAUCAGGAUCUCAGCUCAACACGGGACCAAAUCAUGGAUGAAACGAUGUCUUUUCACCCGCUAAAUGAAUCAGUCAUGUACCAGAGAGCUGUUUUUUCACCAACAUGUAUCCAUAUUAUUGAACACACCUGAUCAGGACUUACUAUGAAUGCUAAUAUGGCCAAACCUCGAUGAUGUAGCCAAUUUAUUUAAAUGUUUUUAAUCUUAUUUAUAUUGUGGGGGUUUACUGCUGGGUGCAGUUAGUGCAGUUGGUUCUUCUUCUCUGGUUGAAGAGUCAACAGGAAGACGGAUGGUGACAGUUGGCCACUUGGUUCUUCUUCUCUGGUUGAAGAGUCGACAGGAAGACGGUCUUCUUCUCUGAGAACAUUGUGGUAGCCCAGGGUUCACAACUUCCCCAGCUAGCGUUAGUUUCUUGUACCUCUGAGUGGCCUUACUGGUUAACGUAGGAAACGUGUGUGUAUAUGUGUUUGGACCCUCCAAUGCGUGUGACUGGGUUGUUCGGUUUGCCCACACGACAACGUGUUACACUUGUUUUUUUUAACUGAUGUUUCCGUUUUAUUUUGUUGUUGUUGCCAUUUUGUAUUCGUUUUUGUCUUUGUAUUGAAGGAUUUGUUUUUAAAUCUCUUGUUUGUGUUAGUCCCUCCUUUCGUGAUUUUAUUCUCGUUUGUCUGUUUCAUUUUUUUCAUCGACUUUUUUUUCCAUCCUUCUUUUGUUGGCUCUUAAUGGUGUACUGUUAAGAGACAGAAACAUCGGCAUAUAUGACAGCGAACCAGUCGUCCUAAAUGGAAGAAAAUGUUUGAAACAAUGAUGUUUUCACAACUAAAACUGCUGUGUUGUUCACUUUGCAAGGAGACCACAACCCAAAUGAAAACACUGCUUCAUCCGAAAGGCUUAGUACCUGCCUGAUAACACCAAACACACUCUCAGUCUUCUGCUGUUGAUAGCAGGGUGGAGAAAUGGCUAUUUUGAAGAGGUUAUUAACACUUUGAAGAGGUUAUUAACACUUUGAAGAGGUUAUUAACACUUUGAAGAGGUUAUUAACACUUUUAAUGUUUAUGUUCCCUGUGCCAAGCUGUGCAAGUGUUCACUUUUAACAAUUUUCUUCUUUUUUUAAUCCUUUUGUUUAAUUUUGUUUUAGGUUUUUUACUUGUGAACCCUUGCACUAUUUCAAAAUCACUACAAUUGUUAGCACGUAUUGUAUAACAGUGAAAGUAACUGGAUUUUAUUUUGUGAAGUUUUAUUUGUGUUUUUAUUUGUAAAUUGUGUUGAUCAUUAAAAUGUAACACAUUUAAAAUCGUUUUGUAUAAAGUAUUGAAGA